UAGUAACUUCCUAAAAAUUGUUAAUUUGGCGGCUUCCGGUCAUUCUUUCCGAGCAGCAGUUAAGAUGGCAGUCCCUUCUGGAAAAACACCAAUCAGUUUCCUACAGGAGCUAUGUACGAAGAGAGGGAUCACCCCUCAAUAUGACUUACUGGCAAAUGAAGGUGCUGUCCAUGAACCAGUAUUCAUCAUGCGGGUAACCGUUGGCGACAUCAUUGCCACAGGAAAAGGCACAAGUAAGAAGAAGGCAAAACAUGCUGCAGCACAAAAUGCACUUAACCAGAUUCUGUGCAUGCCUAACGGAGUAGAAAUAAAAGAAGGAUCGGCGCCUGAGGCUACCCAACAGAGCCAGUCAGACAGCGAGGAGCUUGGAGCUGGUAACCCUGUCGGAGAGCUUCAGGAGUUCACACAGAAAAGACUUAUCAAACCUCCCGUGUAUGAGUUCACCACCGAACAGGGCCCUCCUCAUGCACGAGAGUUUGUCUGUGUGGUCAAGCUCGGCAAAUUCACAGAGAAAUCUACUGGGCGGUCCAAGAAAUCCGCCAAGCGGGCAGCAGCUGCCACCAUGCUGAUGCACAUCAAGAACCUGAUGCAGGAUGGAGAGAAGACUGCUAACAUCGAGGAGUCUGAUGACGAUGAUGAGAUGCCACUGUCUUCAUCUGAGCUGAGAGCAUCAUACACUGCCCUGAAGGAAGGAAAAAAGAAGAUCCCAGUGCCAAAUCCUCAGCAGAGCAAAGAGAUCCAAAAGUUUUACGAGAAAAUCCUAAAAUCGGAUAAUAAAGCAAUGCAGAAACUGAAGAAGCAGCCGUUGAAUGCUCCAUCAACCAACUACUGCCAGAUGUUACAGGAGAUCGCCGAGGUUCAACGCUUCGAAGUCAGUUACAUGGACAUACCUGAAUUGAGUGCUUCAGCCCAGCACCAGUGCCUGGUCCACCUUACCACUCUGCCAGUUGCUGUCUGUUAUGGAACAGGGAACACUGUCGACGAGGCCCACGCUCAGGCAGCCCACAAUGCACUGCAAUAUCUCAAGAUUAUGACGAAAUCUUAACAAAAUUCCCCAGGACGUCUCAUAGCCUCACUUUGAACAAAUAGUUGCUAUGGCAUUUAAACUGCCAUAAUUAGGACUUGUAUUAAAUUGUAUGUGUUUAUUUAUCUGCACUAGCCAAAGGUGAUCAAUGCAUUUAUGUUCACAGAGAUGUUGAGAAUAUAGUGUUCACUGUUUUCCUUUGAUCGUUAUAUCAUUAAUGUCAUUAUAAUUUAGCUUUGUUGUUCAGGAAACGACUUAUAUAAAUUCAUGAAGCUAACUGAUGAUGUCUGAAUCUCUUCAUGCCUCACUUGAAAAUUUAAAAGCAAUAUGUUUUCUAUGAGGUUUCUGUUUGAAAGCAAAUCUAUGUAUGUUUUUCUUUAGAUAAAUAUUUGACAGUUUUAGAUUAAAUUCUCAAUGUCCUAUAUACAUAUCAGAAGUAAACAGGGAAGUUUUGAUUGUUUUUCUUUUGAGAUUUCCUAAAGUGUGAACAUUUAAACCAGGAAAACAUAAAAGUCAUAACAUUCAUGUAUUUCUGGUGAAUAUUUGUAUUUUGACAGUAGAUAAAUACUAGUUUUAUACACUGUAAUUCGCCAUAGGAAUCAUAGUACAUGUUACACAGUAUUUAUAUAACCUCAAGAGCCGGCCUCUUAAACUACAAUAUAGCAUAGGCAUUUUCACAGAGUGAGCCACUUAAUGUUCGGGUUUCAAAUUGAGAUUUUUUUUAUACACAUUGGUAAUUAUUUCAAUUUGUACAUACAUGGUGUAAUUUUAGUCACAUUUUACUGUUUGGGUGACAAAGAUCUUAUUGGCCAUACCUCAGGAGAAAUACCAAAAAAAUCCACACACAAAUGUGGCAUACAGUCAAACCAUUCAUCUGUAUCAAAUGGUUUUAAACAGUAUGCAUUACAUUGUUAAUGGAAAGAUGGUAAAAUAAAUGAAUUUAUUGUAGGAUGUCAUCAUAAUACUGAACUUAAUAUAAUUAUCAGGAAGGAAAAUCCAAGCAAAGGGCCAAAACAUCAGGGGAGAAAACUCUGUUUGGAUUCCCAUGCAAUAGUUAUAAUAUACUGUUUUAUUCCAUAUUUCUUAUCCAUGUGUACACUCUAAAGGAGACAUCAUAGAUAAAAUAUGAAACAAAAUAUUGACAAUAGAAACAUUUGAAUUAUGACAUUUUGAUUAUUUGAACAAAUGAAAUGUAUGUAUAGUGAUACAUAUUUUGUUAUAUAAAUUAAAAGAAUAUAUAUAUCCAUGAUGAAAUUUAGUAUGGAAAAUAACGAAACAAAAUAUUUUAAAUAUUUUAAAAUAAAAUCUAUUGGUAUGUUAAACAAUAGAAGAGACAUCAAUUUUUAUAUUUUUUGUAUGGAUUUUAUUUAGAUAUUUCAUCAACAUUUGUGAAUUUCAUGAUUGAACUCAUUUUGUGGUCUAUUCUUUUUUUUCAUCAAUACCUUUGGUAUUUCUUUGGCUGUUUCUUCAUUCCGAUGAAACAGAAACACACUCGGGUCAGUAUAUGUUAAGUAUUUAGUGUUGUUAUUUGAUAUUCAAUAUCGGCAGUAGGAGCCGCUGCAAAUUUGACAACAGUGAGGUUAUGUAAUAUCCUGGGAAGGAUAGCUUUUUAUUUUAUUUUUUUAUAUACAGCUGUUUUUUUUACCUUUAUUUCUCCAUUUAUAGUUAGGUAUACAUGUUUUAUCAGUGUCUGUGGAACUGUGUACCACAGAUAAAAUCUGAGUUUGGUACAAUGUUGUUUACAUUGUAUACAGUGUAAAUGUACAAGCAUUCAUAAAAAUAAAAAAAAAGUACAACGUACA